AUUAAUAACAUAUAUAACGUAUAUAAGGAAAAACAAAUACAGUGUCUGAUUAAAUGAUCUUUGAGCUGAGUUUGGUAUGAGAGCAGCCCCACCGUGUUUUACCAGGAAGAACACAGAGCGUGUCGGAUAAGGACAGACCUCCGGAGCAAUAGGAGCUACACGGAGACGUAUAGACGGAAGUUAUGACUUUAAUAUGGCUGAUAAGGGUCCGUUUUUAACUUCGUGUAUUAUUUUCUACCUGUCGAUCGGGGCCGCAAUAUUCCAAAUUCUCGAAGAGCCAAACUGGAAAUCAGCCACAGACGAAUAUAUCCUACAAAAGGAAAACAUUUUGAAGAACUAUGCCUGCUUAACAGAAGAAAGUCUGGAUGAGAUUUUGGAGAUAGUGUCAGAGGCUGCAGGACAAGGUGUGACCAUAACUGGGGACAAACAGCGCAACUCGUGGGACUGGGCCAACUCUGUCAUCUUUGCUUCCACUAUUGUCACCACCAUUGGUUUUGGUAAUGUUGCUCCUAAGACUAAAGGUGGCCGUGUGUUCUGCAUCCUGUAUGGUCUGUGUGGGAUCCCCCUGUGUCUGGUAUGGAUCAGCCAGCUGGGUUCAUUCUUUGGAGACCGGGCCAAACGUCUGUCCCAGGUUCUGAUCCGUAAAGGUGUUUCAGUGAAAAAGGUCCAGUUAAUCUGUACAGCCUUAUUCCUGUUAUGGGGGCUGCUCGUGCACCUGGUGAUCCCUCCAUUUGUUUUCAUGUCUAUGGAAGGAUGGAGCUACCUGGAUGGCCUCUACUUCUCUUUCAUCACACUCACAACGGUUGGUUUUGGAGAUUAUGUGGCAGGUGUAAAUCCAAACAUCCAAUACCCCAGACUGUACAGAGUGUUUGCCGAGUUAUGGAUCUACAUGGGCCUAGCCUGGCUGUCUCUGUUCUUCAGCUGGAACGUCCACAUGGUAGUUGAAGCUCACAAGGUGCUUAAGAAAAGAAGACACAGGCACAGACACUACGAUGAGGAACCCAACUCUGUAGAGGAGAAGCACAACCCAGAAGUAAGGAGGUCUGUUAUCGACAUCUUCAACUUCCUAUCAAAGGAGGAGGAAGACUACGGCACUGUCAUCAAGGCUAUUGGGUCGACAGCAAAUAAUCUACAGCCUGCAAACAACAUAAAUCGCUCCAAGAGCUGCAGCGACAUCUUGGCCAACAACAUCCAGACGCUGGAUCAGUCGCCUCGUCACAGACGCAUGAUCAGCAUCAGUGAAGUGUUCAUAAAUGCAAUUGCUGGGGCGGACAAACAGGAAAACGAGGUGCGUCUUAUAAUACAAGAAAGCAACGGAGACACUGAACCUGCACAAUGUGUGAGGGCGGAUAAUGAGAAGGACAGUUGUGCAUCUGAUUCAGAAACUGAAGGCAUCACAUUCACUGUACCUACCAAAGAUGCCAUGGAAGAGGAAAGUGUGCAGCAUCCUGAUGGUGGGGGAACUAGGUUUACAAUAUCCAAGGUAGUAGAUGUAAAGUUGUUAAUGGACAAAGAUGAAAAAGGAUAAAACAUCUUUCUAAAAAUACCUUUUCUUAUACCUUUACCAAAACUGUGGAAACAGUCAGGCUAUGUAGUGUAAAGGAGAUUAAUAUGAAAAUAUUAUAAAUACUCUUCUUUAUUAAGAAAACAAACACAUUUUGUGAAAAUGAUACUAAGUGAAUGUUAGACGGUUUCCUCC